GAGCACAGUUGCAUACUUUUACGCACAAUUUAGCAGAUGCAAACAUCCAUGCACUCCAACCGUCAGAUUCAAACUAUCAUCGUGACAAAUUGUGUAUUUGCAGUGAUUCGGCAGUGCCCAUAGGCGGCGUUCGUUCGGAUUUCCGCACAACAAAACUUGUUCCUAUUAAUGCCGGUUAUCCAUGAGCAACAAGUGUUGUGAUCUGCUAAUACCAUGUUGCCGAAACUCUUCGCAUUAAGUUUUAUGCCCGCUUGAGCAAUAUUUUUUAUUUCCGUGUGAUGUUUUAUAAUCAUCUGUCUUGCGGAAUUCUAACCAAAUUUUGGGUUAUUUCCGAUCAAUAUGGGCAAAUCUCACUGCGGCCACGACGCCUGUACAAUUCGAAUAACAAGUAUCGCUGUAAUUGGUAUCUGUUGCUGUUGUGCGCAGUUAUGGAGCUCCGUAAAUUCCCUUGCAACAGAAAACGAUAUUUACGACGAUGUGGCGAGAUCUUUUGACGGCCAGCUAAUACGUGUGACACCCGAUUUCCAAAAUGUAAUCGACAGAGUUUUCGAGAGGCUACAUUAUAGCAGAAACACGAGCGACCGUGACCACCGAGGAUGUAACACUUCUCAAUGUCUCAAAGCUGAUGAUGUAUUUCGGUACGUUGGAUACCUGCCUGGAACGGAAGUGUUAACGCCAAAGACAUUUCUGACUGUGUCUCUUCCUGUCAUUGUUUACACGCUGGACAUUCGGUUAUUUUGCGAUCGCAACAUCAGUGCUUCCCUCCCGUGCAGUUCCUUUAACCAAACCACUGUCAAAGAUAGAAUGGACUGUUGGAUCAGCAUGCUGUUGAAAAACAGCACAAGUCUUGCGGAGUCAGAGCUCAACAGGAUGUUUUCGAAAUUGUCGGAAAUUUACAAUGCUUCAGCAAAUUACAACCGGUCAAACGGGGUUAUACACGUACCCUCUAUGUUCAGAAACGAUCUUCGAAUCCGCAAUGGCAGAGGGCUCACGAAAGACAAAGUUCCUCUUUUCUCGGCUGUUUUACUCAGCCGAUUAUUUCAUGGUGCACCGAUAAUUCCACAAGAAGAUGCAACAAAUGCUUCCGGCAUUAGUUCUCAAGAAGGGGUCACGGUAUAUUCCGUGGAGGUUGGACGAACUGCAACAACGGGAAUUCUAGAGGUGGAUGCAGAUCCCGAAGCAUUCGUACAGUCGAUAUUCGACCUUGAUUCCGGCAGCCGGCUGUCUGUAGAAAAAUUAACGGAUAUCAUGCAGCACCUGAAAAUUGGAAAUCUUACAAAGUGGAAGCUGAAGCAUACCAACCAAAACGUUAACCGCGAUGCUGAUGAAAGCAAAAAUAUGGAAAAACGCUCCAAGCGGCAAAGUGGCGUUUCAGCUCAAAAAUCUGUCAAUGGAUCUUGUUGGGCGCUGGAUGAGUUACUGGACAUUUUUGAAAUUACACAACCGGCUCUUUCAAGGUCCGAAUUUCUACGUCUUUGCCCGGCUCUUGUACAGCAGACAUAUUCCGGAGUGUGCGAGCGAUCAUCGGAUUCACCUCCUGUGGAAAAACCAGUUUCAGGGAUAACGGAUGCAGAAAAGUAUGGGUAUGGAACCGCUUCGGUCGUGAUCAUCAGUCUGCUCUCCGUUUUGGGAAUAAUUUUUGUGCCAUUGUUAAGAAGGAAGGUUUACUAUUAUGCUCUGCAAGGAUUCAUCGCUCUGGGAGUGGGCACUUUAUGUGGAGAUGCGUUGCUGCACUUAUUGCCAGAGGCUCUGCACAUCCACGAGGAGCAUCAGUCCUCCUCCGAUUCCGCCAAACCCGAUCUCGAUAUUCCCGACAACAACUUGACAAUAUGGAGAGGUGUUGCUUGUCUUGGAGCAAUCUACGUAUUCUUCCUCUGGGAAGUUUCGUUGCACUAUUUCAUUAGCCACAGGAAACGUCAUAAAAAGUCCGAUGCGAAAGGUCAAACAGUGGAUGAUGAUGAACACACGCACGCACACCAUGAUCACUCGCAUGUGCCCGACCCGUCCACGUUUGCCAAGGCCAGGAAUCAGUCAAACGGAACGUCUGUGGCCCAAAUGGAGCUGAAGCCCUCAAAACUCUCUAACGGCGAGCUAAAAACUGCGGAACACCAACACGUGCAUGCCGAUGACCAGGAGAAAUUUUUGGGAAUUGCUCCAUUGGCAUGGAUGAUUUUACUGGGAGAUUCCAUUCAUAAUUUUGGUGAUGGCCUUACAAUUGCUGCCGCAUUUUCCGUGGAUGUCCGGUCAGGCAUUUCUACUUCUAUUGCUAUUUUUUGCCAUGAGAUUCCUCAUGAGCUAGGUGAUUUUGCAAUUUUGCUCAAUACCGGAAUGCCAUUUAAACGGGCGUUGAUACUGAACUUCAUUUCGGCCUUGACUUGUUUAAUUGGCUUUUAUAUCGGAAUUCCAAUUGCAUCAUACGAUUCCGCCAGACAAUGGAUUUUCACAAUUGCUGCCGGCAUGUUCCUAUACGUCGCAUUAGCCGAUAUGCUUCCGGAGCUCAAGCAUGGAGCUAGUAAUAUCCUGAUGCUGGUAAUGCAGAACCUUGGAUUAAUUGUUGGCGUGGGAAUUAUGAUACUUAUGGCCUUAUACGAAGAAGCCAUACAAAUAUGAUAAUAACUGGAUUGAACUUUGAGUGGCCUUUUCUGUCUUCAAAGCGCAGUUGUUUGAAGGUGUAUAGCUUGAUUAUCAGCUUACAAUUGUUAGACGCAUCAAGCUGCCUACCAGAUUAUAUGCGCAAUUAAGCGCACCAUGCAGUAGAGUCAGUACGUACUUGUUGCCGGACGUUUAUGGGAGUAAGUAGGCUGGGAAAACAAAGUUUAUGUUAUGUAUGUAACUGAUUUUAUUUUUCGGUAAUUUUGAUCUGAAGUCAGUCCGCGAAACCAGAUUACAAAUAAAUUAAAUCA